UUUGUUGCACUUUUUUCAAAAAUGUCCUAAAAAUAAAGUUGUGCAUUUAAAUUGUAAAUAAAAUGACUGAUAUAUCCAUAAUAAUACCACUCUAUAAUGGUGUAAAAUGGAUAAAUAACUGCAUGAAAUCAAUAGCAUCACAAACCAUUAUUAGCACGGACAUAAAACUUGAAAUAGUUGUCUACAAUGACGGCAGUAUUGACGAUUCUGCUAAGUUAUUAACGAAAUGGCAAGAGCACUUCAGUAAAUGUGGCGUGGAUUUAAUUAUAACGGGAUCACCAAUUUCAAAAGGUGUUGGUGCGGCUAAAAAUGGCGCUGUUAAGAAAAGUUGUGGUUCUUUUUUAUGCUUCCAAGACAUUGAUGACAUAAUGCAUCAAGACAGAAUAAUGUUACAAUGGAAUUAUGCUAAUUAUCAUCGUAACACCUUAGUUGGUAGUAGAGUUUGUAGAACUCCAAUAAAUUCCACACCACGGUUUGUUCGUUGGGCUAAUAGUCUAACUCCAGCACAGUUAAAACUUCAAAUUUAUAUGUCUAACGGACCAACUUUACUUAUGCCCACUUGGUUUUGCCAUAAAUCUGUAUAUGACCGAGUUGGGGGGUUUAAUGAAUCUGGAUUAGGAACACCUGAAGAUCUUAUUUUCUUUUACAACCAUGUAGAUCUAGGUGGUGAUUUGCAUAGAAUUGAUGAAGAAUUAGUUAUUUAUACAUAUCAUGAGCUUUCUGCAACAUUUUCAGUAAAACGAGAACUAAUAUGGCAAAUCCAAUUAGAAAGACUGCAGAUUCAUGUAUUCCCAAAGUGGUCAAACUUUAUAGUAUGGAAUGCUGGAAAGUCUGGAAGAAAGCUAGUUAGAGCUUUAUCACCAGAAAACUUGGAGAAAGUAACUGCAUUUUGUGAUGUUGAUGUUAAAAAAAUUGGCCGCACUAUUGAAUUAUAUUGUCAAAAAAAAAGAAUUAUAAUUAAAAAAAUACCUGUGAUACAUUUUAGAGAUGCCAAGCCUCCAUUGGUUAUAUGUGUUAAAUUGGAUCUUACUAAAGGUCAGUUUGAAAGCAAUCUCAAAUCAUUGAAUCUCAAGGAAGGGGAAGAUUAUAUUUUAUUUAGCUAAUAAAC